GAAACAGCUGAGCCCGAACGCUGUCCCGAAGAAGAAGGCAUCUCGCUGGUACGAAUAUGCUCGGAGCAUAAGUAGGUAGGAUAUGGGUAGCAAUGGAUAGCGAUAAAAUAGCCCGAGAGACCAAAAGCAACGGAAUGAAGGAUGGCCCGAUCAGGUGUAUAUUGCUUAGUGAGUUUCACGCCGUAGCAGGCUCGAAGAUCAGCUACCAGGUGCCAGAGAAUUUUAUCUCGAAAGAGGUGUUCGAUUCCAUUCGUACCUUCAUCAUUCCAAAACCGCAACUGCAGCGAUGCACUCUGACAAUCAACACCCUGGGAUACAAGGUUAUCGGAUAUCCGGUUCUGAUCAAUCACGUCCGCUACCAGCGUAAUGCUUUCUAUUUUAAUCUGUGUUUUGUGUGUUACUCGUGGUCCCGCACCGUUCAGUACGAGGCGGUCGUUAAGAAAAUGUCCGAAUACCUGCUCAUGAUGGAGGAAGAAACGUCCUUUCUAUCAAACCCGGAAAAGAAUGGCACCAUCUGCAACCUGCUCUCGUGCAUUUUGCGUGACCUAAACGAGCGUCAAGUGGCUACGAUUGUGGAGGGUGACACCACCAUCUAUCUGAAGAUUGGCCGUCACAAACCAGACCCACCAAUGGUACAGGACCAUCAGGUUCCGCUGCUGUGCCGUGGCUUUGAGGACACGGAUCUGGACGCCUGGGAUCUUACGACGCAACAGGUGCUGCCCUUUAUCAAUGGCAUCAAUCAUGUGGCGCGCAUUGCGGUCGAGGCGGAUGUCGAGAAUCAACUUGUCAAAUCGUGCAUUCAGAAUCUUGUGUACUACGGUGUGGUGCAGAUGUUACCAUUGCUCAAGUACAGUAACGUCUACAUGUGCACGCGCGCCCUUCAGAAGCUGACCCGUAACCGGAACUUUGCCGACGAAUGUCGAAAGUAUGUGCAGCUGCAGCAUGCUGAUAAGGUGGAUACGACACGCCCGCCCAGUUUAUUCAACAUCCUGCAACUGUACUCACAGAUGACGCAUGGCGUUACGUUACGUUCGCUGUGCCAGCGGCUAUGUCCGCGUGAUAACAAUAUAGACGAACGCAAGCUCGUCUCCUUCGGCCUGCAACAUAAUCUCAUCCGAUGCAUCAAUAAGUACCCGAUCUUCACCGGCUCUAUACCGACACCGAAGCACAAACUGUAUACCGGGUUGAACAGUUUUGAUGAAAUCUGUUGCAAAACCGGCCUGUCGCCCAGCCGCAUAGAGCAAGAGAUCGAUAUGGACUCCAACGUGACUGUUAUUUGGAAGUGAUGUUGAGCGGUUGUAUGUUCUCGUUCUACAAGUUAGAACAAAAGCUUUUUUAUGUUGUGCUUACCAAGCCCCGGAAGCUUGCGUAGUCCGAUUGUCCAGCAUUUAAUUGUUUAGUGCGUACUCAAAAUUCUGCGUAGUUCGAUCGUCCUGCUAAUUUCAUUUCAUUUUUAUUCACUCUAGUCUACAGAUAAAAAUCCACCAUCAAUCAGCCAGAAUCCUGGUCCUUAUAGCCUACGUACCAACAACUUGUUACGAUGCGAGAUUAAUUUCCCUGCUGCAUCAGCGCGCCAAUUGAGGCACAUAAAAUUACCAUUGUAUAGUACUUUGAUUUUUAAUUAACUGUUGUUCGUUAGGCCAACAUGAGAAAACAAUCUUCUAUUUUUCUAUAUUUUUUCUAAUGAGCUUUAAAAACGCAAAAAACGAUUUUCAUACCGCUUGUUUGCAGCAGGUCAGAACAUAUUUGCAAUAUGUUAUGAUAUGAGUAGACUAAUAUGUCGUACAACUGAACACUGAUGCUUAACUACAUGAACCGAAUAAGCGUUUCAAAAAGAAAACUCCACGGUUGUGAGCCAACAAUUUUAAUUCGUUUGUUUAUUUUCUGUUGUAAAAAAAACUUGAAAUGUGCUACACACAAAAUUAUAUUUGUUGGAAACCAGAGUAUCCAUCCAUUGUAGGCAUAUGUUGCAAUAAAAAUUAAAUCAACUAUAAGUCUCGUUCUUCUGUACGUUUUACCAAAUAAACUUAU